AUGAGUCCCAACGGACGCAUAGCACUAGAUCGAUUCACUGACCAGGCUGUGGACAACAAUCUAGUCCGUCAACAGCAUGUAAACACGAAUGCUCUCUCUGAGCAAACCGCUAAUCAACCAAGAACUGUCGUAGAUCAGUCGCGCCAAGACGACGCCACCCCAGGUCUACAGGUUCAUUCAAGCGACAAUCCGCAUCUCUCAACUGACUCCGGGUCAGUACGAGGAGACGGCGGCUUCGCACGAUUUCUUAAAGCGCACACCUCUCCAAAGCAUCAACGCGUCACUGCUGGCGGUCGUAUCGUCCCAAUGGAGCCACACUCUGGUUCUCCUAAAUGUAACCUGCCUGUAAGUCAGGAAGCAAAGGGACACGAUGGCAGACCGUCGGCGGCUCCUCAGAAUGAACAGACUGCCCUGGAAAACGUGCCCACCGAGUCUGGGGACAUGGCUUCUGCUACCAGGAGAGCCCAUGCUUCUGUGGCGUCUUCCAGUUCUUUCCCAAAUAUUGAACGAUUGCAACUUUCUAAUACUACACUCGACAACCCUUUCCAGGGCCCAGGAUGUCCUCCCGUCCUGCCGUCCAUUGCAACUACUCCUGGGCUGUUCCUACAGACCAACAUACCUGUGGAAUUUAAGAAUCAGCAUCAGUUUCCUAGAACCGAGAAUCCAUCUCAGGGCACCUAUCAACCUGUAUUUGCGGACUGUAAUUUUUAUAGCCCUGCAACCUUAGGGGCGGGUACUUCCACCUGGUUUCCCAAUGUGUAUCCGGCCUUGAAUGGCUCCGCGCCGUCCAUAGCUGCGACUUCACAGUCGAAUACACCAGCCUCGACCGCAACCAGCUUCCUGCCUGGCAAUAAUGCGGCCACAGUCGCCCCAUCGGCCUUUAAUCCGUAUUCCUCGGGGGUCGAUCCAUGCUAUCCUAAUCUUGCGCCUCAGUGGUGUCAGGCUACGGCCGGCCAAGCCCUAACCUUCACUCAACAACAUCAGCAGCAACAACCCAUUCUUGUUGGGCCUACCUCUCAAGAGAUACCCUGCUACAAGUCGUUCGAGGAAGCCAGGAAACGGCAUGAGCUUCUCUCCGGGCAACUGUCUCGACUUGAUAGGUACACUGCCCUGCACUCGUGGGAGAUUGACCCGCAGUCGAAGAAAUUAUUUGUUGAACAGCGGAAGAGCUUAGUGAGGGAACUUGAUGUACUGCGGCUGUAUAGAGAGCAGCUGGAUAUGAUUUUCGGAGGGUCGAAUGCGAGUACGUCUAGCGUAGCGCCAUCUCUGCCCGCCCUACCGAACCCAAACCCACCAGGAAAUAUGACAAGAAACCGUCUUUCCAGGGGGCUGGAUGUGUCCACCUCCAGUUCCAACUGCGCGGGACACACUUCCACAACCAAGUCUCUCGCAAAGACCACUUCUUCGGUCCCCUCAGUCGGUGGGUCUUUUAGAAAAGAGUUUCUGAAGCAGAACAGAGAAAAUGUCAACGCCUUCAUUCGCGGAACUGGACCCAGGAAUGUCCAGACAAGCUCUGGAUCCGUUGCGGAGCCUGAGCCGGUUUUCCGUGAGCGAAGGAGGGACACAGCCCUUGCGCUGAACCAGCGGGCUAUUCAAAUGCCGACCCGAGCGACACCUAGCGAGGGGAGUAUGUACAGCAAUAGCAACGGUUCUGCGAGUGCUAUGAAGGACAUAUCCGCGCAGCUUGAACAGUUGUACCAUCGAAUUGAGGAGACGAGCAGCCGGCGUGAGCCAAUUGACGGGCUUCUUAAAGAACUGUCUAUCAUUACUGCUGGACUUCUGAGGGACAAGAACGAAGAGACCGAGAGGCCGUUCCGGCGCAGCGUUGGAGCAGAUGCCCCCCGGUUUAUUCAGAACACCACGGCAGGACGCUCAACGAACAACAGCCAUAAUCACGCCCAGGGUAAUACCCAUGCUUUAAAGCAGGUAAGAAGGCUGUGGGAAUCAGAGCCUCUCGACAGUCUUGUGAAGAAGUGCAGCGAAGCCUCUUUUGAAACAGACGAUGAGAAUGGCAGCGGACUCUCGUCCUCAUAUGUGUCAACUACUGAUUCUUGGACCACUGUGCACAAGGGAGAGCGCCAUUUUGACCGAGAGCCGCUUGCAGGUGAAACCCCUGGAAAUCGCCUAGCAUCAAUUUGGAAAAGGCCUAGUGACCCGCUUCACAGCAUGUCACCUCCCCAGGCAGAAAGUUCCAUGCGCGGAAACGCUAGAGGCUGGAGCAACGGAACCAGCACAGGGUCGAUAUCUGCAGCACCACUCAGCAGGAACAAUAGCGUAGACUUGCAGAAGCCAUUUGCUCUGAAAAAUUCUCGGAAGUGCAAGGCGCAAGGGGCACUCCAUGUGUAUGAUGGUGCUGGAGAUGCGCCGGAUUCGAAGACCACAGGCCAGAGCCACAGCCAACAGAACAAUACCGGUCAGAAUUCCAACCAGAAGGAACGGCCAUGGUACAUGCCAACGGAGCGUGUCAAGGCCAGCUAUGCGGUUGUCUGGGAUUUCUUUCAACGUAUUGAAAACGAGGAGAGGCGGAUGAUCCACGAGUAUCAGGGAACAGAGCCAACUUCAUGGAGACCGAACUGA